CAUUCACACUUCAUUAGCCUAGUUGCCAGCAACGUAUCUCUCUCUCUCACACACGCUCACUCACUCACACAAGAGAGAGAGAGAGAGAGAGUCCCACUCACCACACUCCCAGUACGAGAGCAGAGACUCUGGAAAAAUGGUGAACACAACGCUUCGAAGCUCUCGCGGAUCACUCUCUGAUCGAAAUAAUGGCCUUUCCGGUGGAUUCAUUCGCUCCCCUGCUUCUUUCACCUUCAAGCUUUUCACCUCCGCCAUAGCCUUUGCCGUCUUCCUCUUCUUCACUCUCUCUCUCCUUUUCACUUCCUCCACAAAUCCUUCCGAUCUUAAUCUUGGUUUCAAUUCUGGUUCUUAUGGCGUUGGAUCGAUACGGAGAUCGGUUCUCGCUCUCAAAUCUGAUCCUUUGAAGCCGCGAUUGUAUCAGAUCACGAAACAAGCGAACGAUCACCGUUCUCUUGUUCUCGCUUAUGCUUCCUAUGCUCGGAAGCUGAAGCUGGAGAAUUCGAAGCUCGUUAGGGUUUUUGCUGAUCUCUCACGGAACUACACGACUCUGAUCUCCAAACCUGCGUAUCGGACUCUGUUUGACUCCGAUGCGAGUUCGAUUGAUGAAUCAUUGCUUCGGCAGUUCGAGAAGGAGGUGAAGGAACGGAUCAAGGUUACUCGUCAAUUGAUUUCUGAUGCCAAGGAAUCUUUCGAUAACCAGCUCAAGAUUCAGAAGCUCAAGGACACGAUUUUUGCAGUAAAUGAGCAGUUAACGAAGGCCAAGAAGCAAGGUGCGUUCUCGAGCUUGAUUGCUGCGAAAUCGAUCCCAAAGAGCUUGCACUGCCUCGCUAUGAGAUUGAUGGAAGAACAUAUUGCGCAUCCAGAAAAGUACUCGGACGAAGGGAAGCCGACGCCUCCUGAGUUAGAGGAUCCAAGCCUUUUCCACUAUGCAAUUUUCUCUGACAAUGUUAUUGCAGCGUCGGUUGUGGUGAAUUCUGCGGUGAAGAACCAGAAGGAGCCAUGGAAGCACGUGUUUCAUGUUGUGACUGAUAAGAUGAAUCUUGGAGCAAUGCAGGUUAUGUUCAAGAUGAGGGAUUAUAAUGGAGCUCACAUUGAGGUGAAGGCUGUGGAGGAUUACACGUUUUUGAAUUCUUCUUACGUUCCCGUGCUUCGACAACUUGAAUCUGCAAACUUGCAGAAGUUUUACUUUGAGAAUAAGCUUGAGAACGCAACGAAAGACACAAACAACUUGAAAUUUAGGAACCCCAAGUAUUUGUCGAUGCUGAAUCAUCUGAGGUUUUAUUUACCUGAAAUGUACCCGAAAUUGCACAGAAUCUUGUUUUUGGAUGAUGAUGUGGUUGUUCAGAGGGACCUGACAGGGUUGUGGAAGAUAGAUAUGGAAGGAAAGGUGAAUGGGGCUGUUGAGACUUGUUUCGGGUCAUUCCAUCGGUAUGCACAGUACAUGAAUUUCUCACACCCUUUGAUCAAAGAGAAGUUUAGUCCAAAAGCUUGUGGAUGGGCUUAUGGGAUGAACUUCUUUGAUUUGGAUGCUUGGAGAAAGGAGAAGUGCACAGAACAGUAUCACUACUGGCAGAAUCUGAAUGAGAACAGAACCUUGUGGAAAUUGGGGACAUUGCCCCCUGGCCUGAUCACAUAUUACUCCACAACAAAGCCACUAGACAAAUCUUGGCAUGUUCUGGGGCUUGGCUAUAAUCCAAGCAUAGGCAUGGAAGAGAUUCUCAAUGCUGCAGUUGUGCACUUCAAUGGGAAUAUGAAACCAUGGCUUGAUAUUGCCAUGAACCAAUUUCGGCCACUUUGGACGAAGUAUGUUGACUACGAUAAUGAGUACAUCCAGGCCUGCAAUUUCGGUCUUUAGACAGAUGCUCUGAGCUGAAGCCUAUGCUUGGAGGAUCUGCCAAUGCUAGUCCUGUUGCAAGCAUCUUUUUCGUGAGGCUUAUCUUUUUCCUUACACGUAAUUUAGUGUUCUUAUUUAGUGUCCUAGUAAUUUUAUGUCUACAAACGUAUAGCUUUCUUCUUUUUCUAUAUUAGUUUGUAAUUCUGCUUCAGUUCAUGUGUUUACAAUUAAAUUAUCUUGGCUAAAUGUUAAUAAUUUUUUGGAAAAUUAUUGGAUCAUUACUCUUUCUAUUAAAAACACUUCUAUACUGGUAAUGAAAGGAGCUGAUGAUUCCAAUA